AUGAAACCCCACCGGCUGACUCUGACAAAUGCCCUUGUCAUGGGUUAUGGCCUGGAUAAGCAGAUUCACAAUAUCUACGAUCCGCGUCCAGCAACGAAAGAAGAACUGGAAAAUUACCAUGAUAGUGACUACAUCGAUUUUCUGUCAAAAGUCACUCCACAAACCCAAACUCAAAUGAGACAAAUGAUUGAUAACUUCAAUUGUGUUGAAGAUUGUCCCAUUUUCGCGGAUUUGUACGACUUUUGCCGGAUGUAUGCUGGUGGUUCGUUGGCUGGCGCGCGUAAACUGUGCGCAGGUACGACGGACAUUGCGAUAAAUUGGUCGGGCGGCUUACAUCACGCGAAACGCGGGGAAGCAAGUGGAUUCUGCUAUGUUAACGACAUUGUCCUCGCUAUCUUGGAGCUCCUAAGAUAUCAUCCCCGGGUCUUGUAUAUCGACAUCGACAUCCAUCAUGGUGACGGUGUCGAACUUGCAUUCUACCAGUCCAACCGAGUGAUGACGGUCUCCUUUCACAAAUACACGGGUGAUUUCUUCCCUGGUACAGGUAAGCUGGACGACAACGGCAGCGGGCCAGGGAAGCAUUUCUGCCUCAAUGUACCUCUGCAAGACGGGAUCGACGACGACAUGUACCUAACAAUCUUCAAAACUGUUAUCGAGGACACCGUCACCGCCUUUCGUCCAACAGCAAUCGUCCUACAGUGCGGCGCCGACUCUCUUGGAUGCGACCGGCUAGGCGCCUUCAAUCUCUCUAUUGCUGCGCACGGUGAAUGCGUUAAUUUCGUCAGGAAAUAUAAUGUACCCCUCCUCGUUGUCGGCGGAGGCGGAUACACAAUCAAGAAUGUGUCAAGAUGCUGGACGUACGAGACGUCGGUCCUCGUUGGUGCGGAGAUCCCUGACGAGCUGCCGCGUACUGUGUACGAUGCAUUCUUCGCUGACUCGCACUGGAAGCUACACCCACCGCUCACGGGCAAGGUCGACAACCAGAAUUCCCCAGCGUCACUUCAGCGUAUCACAAUUAGCAUACGUAACAAGCUGAGGUACUUACAAGGGGCCCCGAGUGUGGCGAUGCAAGAGAUCCCGCCAGAUUUGCAAGGCUUGCUGGCCGACGAGAAUAGGACAACGGAGGAAAAGGACGAGGAGAAAGGUACUGGACAGGCAGGGGAGAAACGUCUUGGGAGGUCAACAGCACGGAAUGAAUUCUUCGAUGGCGAUAAUGAUAACGAUCAGGAGACUCCACCUGUUUCACGAGGCCGAGGUGCAACAUCUGGUCGUAGAGGAAGAGCAGGGCGGCGUGGUCGUGGAAGGGGAAGGGGAAGAGGUGCUGCCGCGUCGACUCCAGCUGAUACUGGUACACCCGCGACGCCAGCAACAGAGGACGGAGAAACCCCAGCAGAAGUCAUUCCAGAACCCAGCGUUGUUCCGCCCAAGAGGGGAAGAGGUAGAGGUAGAGGUAGAGGCCGGGGAAGAGGAAGGGGCGCUGCUGCUGCCGCCGCGGCCGCGGCAGCUGCAGCUGCGGCGAAGGAAGAAGCGGAGACGGCCACAGAAGAGACGAUUUCUACUCCUGCAGCUAUGGACGUGGACGUGGAUAGUUAG